AUGGAGGUACACCUUAAAGAAGCCACGCCCCGUUCCCAGGUGCGUUCUGUGGAAACCAUCAAGUACAGGAAAUCUUCUUAUCUCCGGCUCCGACGGGCAGAAACAGGCAGGAUGGAGGCGUGUAUGGUAAAACCAGAAGUCAAAAAGAAACCCAGGCCGCCAAAACCUCCUCCAAAGCCCCCCGAGAUAAAAAGACCUGAUAGUGGCAUGGUGGAGAAACCAACUCCUGUGGUACCUCAACGUCCUGCAGACGCUGAGCUGACUCACACACAGUACAGGAUGAAGAGAUCAAGCAAAGAGGUCAAAGAAAACCCGGAACAAGAGACAAUCGAAAAAAGAAAAAAGACUGAAACUCCAGUGGUUCCACCCAGACCGACAGAAAAGGAACUGAAUGAUCCAAAGAGGUACAGUUACCGCAAAAGAGAAAAGCCAGAGGAAACUCGGGCCUCCAGAGAAACUGAUCAGUCAGUCCAGGCUGAAGUCCCCAAAGAUGAAGCAGACUUUAAACAGGCUAAUACAUCAGUCCUGACUGGAAUGUUUUGGAAAAGCCAAAAAGAGAGACCACCUUCAUUCACUAGUUAUGUGAUUGACUCCAACGAGGAAGAGAAAACAGACGACACCCCAGCCAAACAGGCUCCUGCAAACAAACAGGGUGUUCUGAAGGGAGUUAUGAAAGGCUUACAAUUCAAGUCAUCACCAAAGACCAGUAGAGAGCCAAGUCCGGAUCCUAGCUCUGUGGAACCAUCCACAGAAAAGGAACAAUCCAUGGAGAAAAACAAGCAGCAAAAGAAUGCAGAACCAAAACAGGACAAAGGUGGUCUGCUCACUGGAAUGUUCAAAAAAACACACAAAGAGAAAACGUCUUCUCCUAUACUUACGGUCACAAAGGCAGACAGUGACUCUGAAGAUGCAGAAGAACAAACAUCUGAAGGUUCCCUUGGUGAUCUGAGUGCUCGUAGCAAGCUUUCAGGCAGCAGUGACAGUCUCUCUGCAAACAACAAGGAAAAAACAGGAUUUUUCAGUGGGAUGUUCAAGAAGUCUCCUAAAACAGCAGAAACUGCUCAGACUGAUGAGGACCAACAGUCUCUACAUGGUGAUCUAUCAAACAGCACUGAUAAUCUCUGUGAAAACUCAAAGGACAAGGGAGGACUUUUCAGCGGGAUCCUCCGAAAGUCUCCGAAACCCCCUGGAGAGGAAACACCUAGGCAGGAGAAACAACAGAUUGAACGCUCAGACAGAGAUGAGAAUCUGUCUGACAACACCAAUAAAGAAAAAGGAGGUGUGUUUGGUGGAGUAUUCAAGAAAUCUCCGAAACUAUCAGAAGGGUCUCAGCUAGAAGAGGGUGAAGAGUCAUUACAGAGUGAGCUCUCAAUCAGCACCGACAACCUGUUACAAAAAAAGGAAAAAGGUGGUUUGUUCAGUGGACUCCUCAAAAAGACUUCCAAAACACCUGGAGAGGAUGAUAUGGCAGAAAAGAAUAAUCUUUCUGCCAGCAAUGACAGUCUAUCUGAAGCUGGCAACACUAAGGACAGAGGAGGUGUAUUCACUGGAAUGUUCAAAAAGUUGUCUAAACUUGCAGAUGAUCCUCCUACAGAGGAAGAAAAGCAGGUGACUGAUGAUGAGCUCUCGACAGGCAGUGAUAGUCUGUCUGAAGACAAGCCCAAAGAAAAAGGAGGAAUAUUUGGUGGAAUCUUUAAGAAGCCUCCUAAACCAGCAGAGGCUGCUCAAACUGAGGAGGAUGAUCUUAACAAAGAGUUGUCAACCAGCAGUGAGAAUUUAACUGAGAGCAAACAGGAGAAGGGAGCGAUAUUUGGCGUCCGGCUCAAAAAGACCCCUAAAACAUCUGGAGAAAAGACAGAGUCACCGGACAGAGAAACCCAAAAAGAGCUGUCAGCCAGCAAUGAGGAUCUGUCUGAGAGUAAUACUACCAAGGAGAAGAAUAUUUUCAGCAACCUUUUUAAGAAGCCUCAUAAAUCAUCAGAGGACACGGCAGUAGAUAAGGAACUGGAGGAGAAUAAUGAAAGUCAGUUAUCUGGAAGCAAUGAGAAUAUUGUUGAGGCCACAGCCCCAAAGGAGAAGAAAAGCGGCCUGGCUGGAAUAUUUAAAAGAUCAACCAGCAUUGAAAAUGUGCUUGACAGUGAGGACAAGAAUAUUUUCAGCGGCAUGUUUAAGAAAACUAAUAAAAUGUCUGAAGGGAAACCUGCAGAGGAGGACUCAAAUACAAGUGAAGAUAAAGUGUUUUUGUCCAGUUCUGAGAAUCUUUCAGAAACAGCCACCUCAAAGGAGAAGACAGGAGGACUGGCAGGGAUCUUUAAGAAGUCUCCUAAACCUGCAGAAGCUGCUGAAACUGAGGAGGAUGAUUUUGAGAAGGAGCAAUCAACUAGCAGAGAGAAUUUAUCUGAGAACAAACAGGAGAAAAAUAUUUUCAGCAACCUUUUUAAGAAGCCUCAUAAAUCAGCAGGGGAUGCUGCACAAGAUCAGGAGCUGGAGGAAAAUAAUGAAAGUCUGUUUUCUGGAAGCAAUGAGAAUAUUUUUGAAGCCACAGCCCCAAAGGAGAGGAAAGGCGGCCUGGCUGGAAUAUUUAAAAGAUCAGCCAGCACUGAGAACUUGCUUGACAGUGAGGAGAAGAAUAUUUUCAGUGGCAUGUUUAAGAAAACCAAUAAAUCUUCUGAAGGGAAACCUGCUGAUCAGGACUCCAAUGCAGAUGAAAAUAAAAUGUUGUCUUCCAGUGCUGAAAACCUUUCAGUUACAACGUCAAAGGAGAAGGCAGGAGGAUUGGCAGGGAUCUUCAGGAAGUCUCCUAAACCUGCCCCACGGUCUGUCACAACAAAGGAUCCUCUUAGUGACACAAAGGAACUGUAUGGCAGCUGCGACAGCAUUCCAGACAUUGGCAAGGAGGAUCUUUCAGGGGGAGAAGAGCUGUCAGCCAGUAAUGAAAAUCUUUCUGACACUACAAAGGAGAAAAAAACAGGUUUCUCUGGCAUGUUUCGGCGGACACCUAAACCAGUUGAAAAACAGGACAGUGAGGACAUGGAGCCAUUAACGGGAGGUGGGCUGAGACGCAGGAGGACCAUCAAAAAGAAAAGACGAGUCGUGUCAUUCAGAGUUAAAAAAACUCUUCCCAGAAUACCAAAACUUAACCUCACAUCACAGAGUGCAGAAAAGAUGCCUAAAAUUGAGGAGAGUGUGGAGCUGCAGGAGGUGAUCCCAGUGCAGGAGGGUACUGUAGAGAUGCAGAAUGUGGAGAUGGCAGCGUAUCCUACUGAAGGAAACCCACUGGAUUCUGAGGAGGAGAACGAUGGUUUGUUGGACUGGUGGAAUACAGUAGAAGGGUGGGCUGAAUGGAAUGAGUCUUCCAAUUUCCAGGAGGAGGAUGAGGAAGAGGCGAUGGAACAGGCAGCUGACCGUAUCUACAUGGCAGCUCGUCUGUUUGUGCGUCUUUUUAACCAGCGGGGGGCGUCCUUACAGCAGCGAAUCCUGGAGCUUUUGGCUCUGGCCGAUGCCGCAGAUCAAUUCCACAAAAAAACAGUAACUGCUGCCGUGGGUGGAGGGGUGGCCAGUGUUUGCGGCAGUGUGGCCACUAUCACGGGGCUCAUUCUGGCACCUUUUACUUUUGGCGCCUCUAUUAUUGUCACAGCAGUGGGUAUCGGUGUGGCGACAGCGGGGAGCAUCACCUCGGCGACGGCUAACAUUACAGAUACCGUUCACUCCAACAUGGACCGUAAGAAGGUGGAGAAGAUGAUCCAAGGCUACCAAGAAGAGAUCAAAGACAUCCGGGAGUGUUUAGAGUUUGUUCAGGAAGGUAUGGACACCCUGCAGGAAUUGGACUUUGACAAAUACUCACAGAGCGCCGCCAGAAAGGCUCUGAACCACAACAUCAAGCAUGUGAUGAAGGAAGGAGGCCGAGCUGGGAAAGCUCUCAUGGUCAACACCGAUAAGCUCAUCAGCACUGUGCAGGUGUUGGGUGCCGCAGGAGGUGCAGCCAAAGCAGCACAGGCCAUCAGCGUCACCACUGGAGUCAUGUCGGCCCUCUUCCUGGCCCUGGAUGUUUUUUUCUUGGCUAAGGACUCCCACGAGCUACGCAAGGGCGCCAAAACCAAGUUUGCCACCAAAAUCAGGGAGGUAUGUAGAGACCUUCAAGACGGCCUUUUGGAGUUGAACAAGGUAAAGACACAACUGCAGAAAACCAUGGACGGCAUCGAAGUGGAGGAGUACGAGGAGAUCGAGGAAGUAGAGGUGGAGGUUGAUGAUGAUUUGGAGUCAGACCCAGUGAAGCUGGCUGAACUGGAACAAGAACUGGAUCUAAUGGAGGAGAAACUGGACAGGAAGGUUGAAGAGGAGAGGAAGAAAGCUGAAGAGGAAAGGAAGAGGAUCGAGGAGGAGGAGAAGAAGAAAGCUGAAGAGGAAAGGAAGAGGGUCAAGGAGGAAGAGAAGAAGAAUGAAGAGGCAGAAGAGGCAAAUAUGAAGGAUACAGAGAAGAGUUUGGAAGACAAAGCAGAGUCAGAGGAAAAGACUGAUAAAGAGGAGGAGAAAGAGGGGGAGACGGGAGGGAAUGAUGUGAAGAAAGAGGGGGGAAAUGACAGCCGAAAGGAGGAAAGUGAAAAAGAGGGUAAGGCUGAAUCUAAGUCAGAGAAGCUUUCAGAUGAAGAAAAGCAGCAAAACAUUUUAACGGGCAAAGCAGCCAAAGAAGAGGUUUUAAAAGAACGGUCUCAUAAAGGAACUAAAAAAGAUAAAGAAAUGGAGAACCAGAUUACAGCUGGGAAGGAAAAAUAUGAGCAAGGCAAUGUUCCAAACAGAAAGACAGGUGACAAGAAGGAAGAGGGCAAUAAAAGCGGAAAAGAACAGCUGGAAAGUAAAAGUCAUUCAGCUGACUCAAAGUAUGUGGAGUGGACUAAAACGGUCAGUUCAGAAAAGGUGAAGAGUGAGAGAGAGACGAGCAAGAGCAGCAGGGAGGAUGAAAGAGGGACGAGAGGAAAGCACGAGUUGAAACCAGAGAAGAAAGAGGCAGAAGUGGGGAGUACGAGGAGGGACAGCAGCAGCAGGAGCGACAAAGAAAAAGCAAGUGACAGGAGUCAAAGAUGGAGCAAACAUGAACCAAGAGCAGAGGAGGAGAGGGGAGUGAAGGACUGGAGAGCAGAGAUGACGAAAAGUAAAGAGGAGAGAAGAGGGAGAGAGGAAGGAAGAGAACCGAAGAGAGAGACGGAGAGGUCCAAAGGGUCGCACCGAAGCCACGAGGCGCCAACAAGGAGGGAGCAUUCAGACAGGGAGAGGAGGAGCAGCAGGGAGGAGGCGGACGCAAAGAGGAGUCACUCCAGGAGAGGACACGAGGAGAGAGGGAGUAGGGUAAAGGAGGAGGAGGAGGAGAGGGGGAAGAGAAGGGAGGAGGGGGAGAGUCGGAGGAGUCACUCCAGGAGAGGACACGAGGAGAGAGGGAGUAGGGAUGCUGCGGGAGCAUCACUGCUGACGUUGGCUGAUUUAAACGGUUUCUGCAAGGAUCGACACACACACAAAGAGGAGUACAAACACCAGCACAGUGGACAUUUCUAUUCCUUUAAGAUCUUACUAUCACAGCUCAGGUGA